CGGGGUUUAGGACCCGGCGGGACGCGCGGUACAAUAGAGCUGUUGUGCCGUGGUGGUGGUGGACAGAUUGCAACCCUGGAGAUUCCCACUGUGGUGGGAUACAAAAACCUCAGUUUAAUCCAUAGCUGGGAGCAGAGCCUCUUGUUUUUAUACGUAUAUACCGGACGGGUUGUCUGGACUGACAGGCGGUUCGGACUAGAGCGGACUGCAGCGUGUGGACCGGAGGUACAUGGUUAAGUGGUUAAGGGUUUACCAGUGGAAUCUACUAGCAUGCUUUUCAACUUGAAAUUUAUGGAUGUGACAGGAUGAAACGUCUCAGGUCCUCAAGCAGCAGCGACAGUUCUGACAAUGAGAGUCCCUCUACGUCCUUCUGCUCCUCCAACAAGUAUGGCAGUAAACCUGGAACCCCCGCCUCCACCCAGAAGAAACCGGCUGAAGUGUUCAGAAAAGACCUGAUCAGUGCCAUGAAGCUGCCUGACUCCCACCAUGUGUCCCCGGAGGACUACUACCUGCUGGCGGACACCUGGAAGAUGGAGUGGGAGAAGGGAGUCCAGGUGCUGGCGAGUCCAGACACCAUCCCACAGCCGUCAGUCAGAGUUAUGGUGGAGAAAACCAAGGAGGUGCUUUACAGCCACCAGAGGAAGUACGUCCAGUGCUCGAGCCAGGAGUCAACAGAACCGGGUUAUGUCAACAUCAGGGAGCUGGCAGAGGCCAUGUGUCGCUACGAUCUGGACGAUGUGGACCUUUACUGGCUGAACACACUCAACAGAGAGCUGGACCGUAUGGGGGAGGAAACCAUAGACGAGCUGACAAUGGAGCGCGCCAUGGAGGCCCUGGAGAGGCAGUGCCAUGACAACAUGAACCACGCCAUCGAGACGGUGGAAGGCCUGGGGAUCGAGUACGACGAGGACGUGAUCUGCGACGUGUGCCGCUCCCCCGACAGCGAGGAGGGGAACGACAUGGUGUUCUGUGACAAGUGCAACAUUUGUGUGCACCAGGCGUGUUACGGCAUCGUCAAAGUGCCUGUUGGAAACUGGCUGUGCCGGACGUGCGUCCUCAGCAUCGACCCUCAGUGUCUUCUGUGUCCGAAGAAGGGCGGCGCCAUGAAGGCAACACGUGCAGGAACCAAGUGGGCUCACGUCAGCUGUGCCCUGUGGAUACCUGAGGUGAGCAUCGCUUGUCCUGAGAGGAUGGAGCCGAUCACCAAAGUCUCCCACAUCCCACCCAGCCGCUGGUCGCUCAUCUGCAGUCUGUGCAAACUGAAGACGGGCGCGUGUAUCCAGUGCUCGGUAAAGAACUGCACCACUCCUUUCCACGUGACCUGUGCCUUUGAGCACAGCCUGGAGAUGAAGACCAUCCUGGAUGAAGGGGAUGAAGUGAAGUUCAAGUCUUACUGCCUCAAGCACAGCAAGUGUAAAACAGGGGAGUCUGGCCUGAGCCCGGCUCGACCCAAACCUCCCGUCGAGUCGGAGAAGGUGGGCCAGCGGGCACAGAGACUUCAAGAACUGGAGGAGGACUUCCACAGUCUCAUCCAGCUGGAGGAGCUGACCCAGGCCCUCGGGCUCUCUGAGCACCUGGCCGACUUCAUCUAUCAGUACUGGAAGCUGAAGAGGAAAGCCAACUUUAACAAAGCUCUGCUGCCACCUAAAGAGGAGGAGGAGAACAUGGUGCUGCAGCCUCAGGAGGAGAGCAUCCACACUCGCAUGCGGAUGUUCAUGCACCUGCGGCAGGAUUUGGAGCGAGUGAGGAAUCUGUGUUACAUGGUGAGUCGGCGGGAGAAGCUGAAGCUGCUGCAGAGUAAAGCCCAGGAGCAGAUGUUCAACUUGCAUGUGAAGCUCGUGAACCAGGAAGCCUCAGCUGGCCUCCCUUCUUCAUACCCGGGAGAAAGUAUGGUGUUCCGUCCUCCUCCGAGGAUAACCCUGAAGCUGAAAAUGCCCAAAUCCUCCAGUCUUGGAAAUGGAAGUUCCAAAUCUGGUAACGGGCCACUCUGCCCGGACAACAGCGGCAAUGUGACUGAAUACACCGGUGAAGGGCUGGGGCAGGGGAAGCCUCAGAUGCAUGGACGUGGUCGGAGAGACGAGCGCUCCAACGGGCGGCUGCCUGUUAAACCCACUGGUAAACCUUUAGCCCUGCACGCUGCACUUCACGGCCACUCCUCCAAGAGCAACGGCAAACUGGACCAGGACCGAGCGUGCGUGGCUAAAUCUAAUGGCCUCUUGAAGGACAGUUCUUGCCAGACGCCCUGCGACCAGGACGCUUCAAAUCAGGCUCUGGACAAGAGCAGCUUCCGCAAGUCUGCCAUGGAGCACUUUGGCAGGUCCUUCAAAGAGGCGACCAUUAACUUGGUACGGACCACAGAGGACCUGCGGGCCUCAGACAAACUGUCCCGCGAGGGCUCAGCCAAGGAGAGACUGUGGGCCAAACCGGAACACAAAGCGAAAGGUGCAAGAUCGUACCAGGACAGUGACGGAUACUGUCCAGACCUGGAGCUCAGUGACUCAGAGCCAGAGGCCAAAGGGAGGCACAGGCGGCCGGUCGGGCUGCCUCAGCCGGACGCUCCGAGGAAAGGGCUCAGCCGUGGGAAACAGUCGCUGGGCUCCAGACACUCCAUGCAGAGGUGACAGCCGUUUGUUCACUGCGCUCGCUGCUGCCGCUCUCUCCUGACCUUCUUCCAAAGUGCCAGGCCGUCUCUGUGAAUGCAUCUCCAUCAGGGGCCACAGCCACGACCCUGCGCUCAUGGUGCUGACGCGAGGAACAUGUACUGGGAUUCAUGAAGAAAGUAGCCUUGUGUUGGUGUUUGUUUCUGUCCGUCUUCUGAGAUUAUCAUGCUCGCGGCUAGCGUUACAUUUUGUACUCAACUUUGUAUGAAACACUCGUGCUUCCCCACACACAGGUUCAGUUUGCCUUUUGACUAAAGCUGCUGUACAUACGAUGAUCCAAUCGGAAUGUAAAUAAUGUUUGACUGAAUCACACACUAAAGAAAUUUGAUCUGACUGACGACCAGACGGAAAAUUUUGUAGUGAAUUCUAGUAUCUGCUGUUUUCCCGCACUUGGUGACAUGUUUAUAUCUGUCAAGUAGUAGAGUCAUUUUUACAAACACAAAUGCCUUGUGUGUGUGUGUGUGUGUGUGUG